AAGAAACCCUCGGCAGGCGAAAAAGAAAACACUGAAAUUAUAAACAAAAAUGGCGGCCGGCAAGAAAACGAAGAAGACCCAUGAAAGCAUCAACAACAGGCCGGCUCUCGUAAUGAAGAGUGGAAAAUACACUCUUGGUUACAAAACAGUGCUUAAGUCUCUCAGGAGCUCCAAAGGGAAACUGAUUAUUAUUUCUAACAAUUGUCCUCCUCUGAGGAAAUCUGAGAUUGAGUACUAUGCCAUUCUUUGUAAAGUUGGGGUGCAUCAUUAUAAUGGAAACAAUAAUGAUCUGGGAACUGCAUGCGGGAAGUACUUCCGUGUAUCCUGCUUGAGUAUUGUCGACCCAGGUGAUUCCGACAUCAUCAAGUCUCUACCCGGUGACAACUGAGUCAAUCACCCCUCCUGGGACAGCACAAAAAUGUUUGUUUCUUAUUAUAUUGUUUCACUUAGCCCUCUUCUCCCAUGUUCUGUGGAUGCCAUUGGCAAAAUUUGUAGCUUUAAGUAGAAAACCUUGUUUGGUUAAUGACACGCUGCCGCAGGUUUUUCAU